UCCGCGAGGGCCUCCUGCAGCGAAUAAAGGUAGGCAGCCAUGUGCCUCCUCGCUGGGAGGACGCCGAUUUUGUCUGGAUUGCUUCCUCUGGCAGCCCCCGUUCGCAAAUUCCACCCCCCGCGAUCCGCUGACUGGGGCGCGGUGACUUCACGGUCGAGGGAUCGUCCCGUAUGAAUUACGGCCCGUCACUCGGCCGACGUUCCAUCGACGAGCCGGCGUCUCCUCCUGCCACUCAGAAAGCAAGAGCGCGUCUCGGUCUUUCCGGCUGAUUAGCCCCCAAAGAUCCGCAUGCUUUCAACAUGGGAAAAUCACUGUAAAAGGAGGUCCCCUUCGUGAACUUGUUUUCCUAAACCAUCCCUGUGAUGCCAGCUUUACUUAACUCUCGACAGCAGUGCGUAAAGGCAUGCUGGACACAUGCUGUUGGGGCCCCGCUCCAUCUGCGCGAGGGGGUCACCCCGAGUGCUGCUACACGCUGAGCUACACACGGUUGCCCCCUGCACACACUGGUUACGCUGUAGGGAGACUCACGCUGAGCUCUCAGGCUCGGCGCAGAUUUGAUUACCUCCUGCCGGAGUUGAGAAGACACGCAGGCGUCUCUCACGCUGAUUAUCUUCCCGCCUUUCAUUCAGACCCGACGUGGGCCACAUUCGUGAUGCAUUACAGACGAGUCUCAAAAAGCCCCUCGGUGCCGUUUGUACUUGGAGCACGGCAGGCGAGCUUUUGCAGCAGCUCCUGCUGUAUCGCUUCACGCGUCUUCUACGCGGACCUUCCGAAACAUACUUCGUAGCGCUGGGUCCCGAAACAGAUCCGCAGCUCCCCCAGAGAGCAACCCAGGUUUUGAAGGAAACUGAACAUCUGCGAGAAUGCGCUGCAAUGCAUCAUUCGUUCAUAAACUGAUGGGGAAUAAAGCCAUAUUACGGUGGUAAUCGCCGUAACCUGCGCAAAGCGGACGCGUGAUGAAAGCAUUGGCGCUGGAGAGAGAUGUUGGUCUGGGGGGUGGCCGUGGCUCUCUCUCUCUCUCAGGUGAUCUCAUAUCGAACCCGCUGCAUGGGGCUGGGGGUGUGGGCUCGGUGGCCUGUCAGAGCUGAGUGCUCCCAGCCCUUCAGAUGGCUGAGAUUUCAUUUGCGGGGGGGGGUGAGAUCACAUGGGACCUCCUGCACUCCUUACAUGGAGUGCCGAGGCUGAGAGCGGCAGCGUGGCUUCACACACACACGAGCGGCUCUUCCACUGCGAGCGCCUCGCGCAGCCGCGAGCUGUCGGCCACAGCUGCUCGGCACCCUUUCGCGGGGAGCUGCAAGGACCGCGAAUCCUUUACUUCCAAUCAGCACGCGUUUGCGUUAUAUGAUUUUUGGGGCCGGGGGGCGAUUUUGAAAGUAGGGAGGGGACCGAAAGAUGUCGGAGAGAUGCAACGUGUUGCGGACCAUCACGGCAGCUCUGUGCUGCUUCUAUCAGAAGAGCUCAAUCCUGGGAGCCAAGUUCUCCAGGGACAAGUUCGUCACGGAAGGCCCGCCGGAGAAGCUGCGCAAGGAGCUGGAGGAGGAGCUGAAGCUGGCCAGCGAGGAGCCCCGCAGCCACGCCUGGUACCACGGAGCCAUCCCCAGACAGGUCGCGGAGAGCCUCGUUCAGCGAGACGGGGACUUCCUGAUCCGGGACUGCUUGUCCAGCCCCGGGAACUACGUGCUGACCUGCCAGUGGAAGAACAGCCCGCAGCACUUCAAGAUCAACAAGAGGGUGGUGACCAUGAACGAGGCUUAUUUGCGGGUGCAGUACCUGCUUGAGCAGGAGGGCUUCGACAGCAUCCCAGCCCUGGUGCGUUACUACGUGGGCAACCGCAAGCCGGUGUCCCAAGUUGUCGGCGCCAUCAUUUUCCAGCCUGUUAACAGAGGCUUGCCCCUGCGCUGCCUGGAGGAGAAGUACGGGGCGGCUGCCGUACGCCCGGAGGCCUCCGCGCCCGAGAGGAACAGCCUGCCUUCCAAACGCCUGAGCCUCAACGUGGUCAACGGGCACGUGCACGACCCCACCUUAAUGCGUGGGAACCUCCUCAGGAACAAGGACAAAUGCGGCAGUCAGCCGGCGUCCCUGAACCACGUACAGGAGAGACGGCGACCGCUGAAGACUCACCAGUCCGAGAGUUUCCUCCCUCUGGGUUCCAGGCAGCAGCCCCACUCCCAGCUCACGGACCCCCCGGCCAGUCCUCGGUCCCCCGUUUUCCGCACAGGCAGCGAACCCGCCCUCAGCCCCACGGUGCCGCGGAAAACCGUUUCGGAGACGCAAGCCGGACAAGCGAUCCGAGGCUCCGACAGCCAGCUGUACCCCAAACCCCCACCGAAGCCCAGCAAGGUGCCCUCCGUGAAGCAGCCCCGCUCCCCGCGGCCGCAGCCCCUGGUGCCGCCCGCGCCUCCCAAGAAGCCUCAGAAGCUCCAGCAGCAGCUCGGUCCCGAGGUGAACCCCCGCGAGACGAACCCCCCCGGCCCCGACGGAGCCGCGGAGCCGCACCUCGGCAAGAGCUACGUGGAGAGGCUGUGGACGGAGGACAACAGGAUCUGCUACAGGACGGCGGAGCCCGGCUCGUGCGGCGCGGUGGUGGACCGCAGCUCCUACCACAAUGCCAUGAGGGCCCUGGAGGACAGCAAUGAGGAGGAGCGUGACGACGAGCGGCGCGUGGAGAAGGCUGACAGAGAGGAGGCGGAAGAGCGGGAGGAGAAGCCCGAGGGCUUCCGGAGGCCCGUGUUCGAGACGACGUCGGCUUUUCGACCCGGGGAGUUCGAGACCAGGCUCCUGCCCCCGGAGAACAAGCCCCUGGAGAUGAGCGUGCUGAAGAAAGCCAAGGAGCUGCUGGUCAGCCAGGACCACAGGACCAUCGCCGAGCACAUCCUGCAGGCCGACUGCCAGGUGGCGAGGGUCCUGAGCGUUUCUGAAGAGAUGACACGUCAGAUGGGAGUGAACUCUGGCCUGGAGCUGGUGACCCUCCCACAUGGCAAGCAGCUGCGCCUGGACCUGAUGGAAAGACACAACACCAUGGCCAUCGGGGUGGCUGUGGACAUCCUUGGCUGCACGGGAAGCCUGGAGGAGCGUGCCGCCACCCUCAAUCGCAUCAUACUGGUGGCCCUGGAGCUCAAGGACUCCAUGGGGGACCUCUUUGCCUUCUCCGCCAUCAUGAAAGCGCUCGACAUGUCGCAGAUCACAAGGUUAGACCAUACAUGGACCACUUUGAGAAGGAAAUACACACAAACGGCCAUCUUGUACGAAAAGUCCCUGAAGCCCUUUUUUAAGGGAUUAUAUGAAGGCAAUGUGGACGUCCCACUGGGCAACACCACGGUGCCCCUGCUGAUGCCCCUGCUGACCUUGAUGGAGCGCCCCGUCGUGGCCUUUGAGGGUGUCGAGUUGUGGGAGAACAACGAUCAGGGCUGCGAGAUCAUGCUGCGUCACCUGGAGGAAGCCAGGAGAAUGGCUCACAACGCGGACGUCUACGCAACCAACGCGCAGCGCAUCCUGCAGGAUUUCCAGCCCAACGAGGACAUGUUGGAGAUCUUCAGGACGGACUUCCAGCUACGGCUGCUGUGGGGAAGUCGCGGGGCAACGGUCAACCAGACAGAAAGAUAUGACAAGUUCAAACUCAUCCUCACCGCCCUGUCCAGAAAGCUGGAGCCCCCCGUGAAGCACACUGAGCUCUGAACCAAAAACUGGCCAUCAAGCGAAUACUUGGGUAGCACCAACUCGGCGCAUCUUCUGAACGUCUUCGUCAGAGACACGUCUUGUACUACAGGCCUACGGCUCUUUGUUGAUCACCAAAAUGUGCACAAAUGGACCUUCCGUAUUUUACUUACUGGACAGAAUUUAAGUAGCUUUUAAUACAAACUUUUCUGCUUUUGUGCCAAAACUGUAACUGUGAGAGAAGCAACUAGUCUGCCCUAAAGAGGCAUGUAAAUAUUUUUGAUGUACGACAUUCAUUAAGACCAGCGCUUGAUUCUCACCACCCACCAAUAAAACCUCUAACAACUUUCCUCGCAUGGAUCGUACACCUUUAUCCAAGAGCUGCAAAGAUUUGGGACAAGUAACAGGAUACCAUUGCCCAAGGUUCGAUGUUCCCUAAAGAUACGGAGGCUUCGUGUAAAAAGUAUGCAUAUUUCUAUGUGUAUGGACCAGUUAAUGACUUUUUGAAAACAGAAAAAAAAAAAAGUUUCCCCUUUGGUAAAUUUGGGGAACAGUCAGAGCUUGUAAAAAUGCAACAUGAAUUCAAUGUGUAAAUGAGGUACUUGAACAGGCACGGAGAGGCAACGUGUUUCCAGUUUAAGCAUAACAAUGCUAUCAAUGUGCAUAAAACUGCUCCCAAAUGAUUUCAUCUCAGUACGUUGCAGUUAAAGUAGAUGUAACUAGUUCAAGUGUAAGGAUGUAACUGCCAGACUGUAAUAUAUUUUCCUGUCUAAAUAUAAUUCACCUGUAAAUAGUUACAUUAAAUUAAUCUUUAUAUCCAGUAAAAUUGAAGGUAAACUGCUUGAUUACUCAUUAGUUAGUAAUAAACAAUGUGUUUAUCACAUAUAAGGCACUCCCUCUAUUUAUAGCCUGCAUUACAGUCUUAUACAUUAAACAUCACCAUUUGCCAUUUCAUAAAAACCGUAAGUCAUACAGACUGACUUGUGGAUUGUUAAGUAUAAUCAGGAUGUAGAGGAUAAUAAAAAGAAGUUCAAAUGGCUGCCAUUGCACCCUGAAAUUUUACUUUAGAAUUGAAAACACAAUGGCCAAGGGUGCAAAGUGGUCAAAUGUAAUUAGUGCCUGCAGUGGAAAUACAUGUGAUUUCAAUUUAGAUCUGUGACCAUUGAGAGCGUAUGUAAAGUAACAUUACAAAUGUUAUUAAAUUAUGAACUGAAGAUGAAAAGGGGAAGGUUAAUAAAAGAUGACGAGAUAAUGGAAAAAAAAUUCUAGUCGUGUUUAUUGUUUUAUUAGAACAAAUUCUCAGGAGAGUAGAAUCAAAGUGUCUCAAGUAAAAAAAAAAAAAAAAAAAAAAGUGCUCAACAAUAUGCAGAAAUUUUACUGCCAUUGUAUUGAUUACUACAAUUUAAUCCAUUUCAUAUUAAGCACUGUGGAUAUGCAUUUACAGAACAAAGAAGAAGAAAUUACAUUAGUCAUACACAGCUUUCCCAGUAUACCCUGUUUUUUCAACUUAUAGCAACCUCAUUUGCAGAGUUUGCUCAUUUUUUGAGAGAUUAGCCUGACUUCUGGUAAUGAUUGGACAACUGGCAGUACGACAAAUGCAAAACCAGGACAACGAUUUGUUUAAAACUGACGUAUUAUUCCAAUACGAUGCAUUACUUUGAAUAGCAUAUGUCACUGCAUUUCAUGUUUCAUUUCCCCUUAGAAGUAACACUGAAACAGCCGCCUGCAUUCAGACACCUUGUUCACACAUCUUAUAAACACGAAUAAUGAAAUUUAACACAAGGAACGCACAAAGUGUCGAGAGGAAAGUAAUGAUUUAAAAAAAUAAUUCACCAACAUCCUCAUCCCUCCUUAACUACCAGAACAACAUUCAAUGUAAGUUGAAGUAGGUCUCAUCUUUCUACUGCAGUACAGUUCACACACAGUUCAGCAGUUCUUUCGAACACACUGAACACCACUCUGCAUGUUAUUAAAGUAUCAAAGUAAAAAUUUCACAGCUUUCAGUAUUAAAGUUACAGGUCAAAACUAAAUAUCUUGGUCCUGACUGGCAUUACGACUUCCCAGUCAUAUUCUCAAAAGACAAUUUGCACGAAUAAAUGUGUGGAAAGCCAGUGUGUAUUGAGCAAUAACUUUGAUUUUUCCCGUUUGCUUUGGGUAAUGAAAUACAUCAGAUUAAUAGUGUGCCAGAUACAACUACCUGUCUCUGCUUUAUAUGCUGAAACUAAAGCAGGAUAAUUUUGUUAGAAGGAUAUGCCACCACACAAGCGCAACCACCUUAGUGCUUUAAACGGUUUUUGAAUGUACAUUUAAUAUAAUUUGUUUUAAUAGUAGUUAAAUGACACAAUGUUUGAAGUAUCAAAAGCACGUACAUGAAUAAACACAGAACACAGAAUUAGAACGCGCGAUGUCAAUUGCUGAAUUACUUCAUUAUGGUGCUGAAGAGACUGCAGACAUUUCGAAGCGUGGUGGUAACUGCUGUCUAACUGUACAGAUAUACAUACAGAGUCAGUUUCAUUAAUCUAUUCAUUCAUUUAUAUAUAAACGUGAUAGGGAAAAAGUGCAUUUAGUUAAUAUUAGACCAAAUCCCUAUUUGGAAGUAUGUUUCGAAGAAAAGCAUGUUUACUAUGAGCUAAACGGCACAAUUCUGAAAAGAGAGUAAUUCACCUGAUUAAAAACCCUAUAAAAAAGUCACGAUAGAAACACAUUCAGUAUGAAACAGAAAGAUGUUAAUACAUAUAAAGUCCAGUAAUAAAACUAACUAAAUAUAUACAUAUAUGCAUACACAUACCCACAUAAAAAUGCAUACACAUGUUUAUAUGCAUGACCACAUUCACUAACUGAUAUGCUAAGGGUGGAGGUUUCGUAGGUGCACCGCUGAUGGAAGUAGUUGGAGCUGCAGCGCAUUCCCGAGUACGCUACGCUGAAGGAAGCUGCUGCAUGGAAAGCACCGCAGUGAAGCGUCACACAAAGCGGACGCAGCACCUAUUGGAGCGCUGCGUUCAGGCGCUCUUGUGCACAGCCUGAACCGACCUGGCACUCGUGACACCAGAGGGUAGCCAGUGUGAGUCACAAUAAGGCAUAUGGUCACAUGCCGUUCUGGACUGCUGACCGUUGGCUUUACUCAUCCAGAGGAAAUCGGAGGGUCUUCAAGAUUUUGCCCACGGCUGUGCUCACGUAUGGUGGAAGGAUGCACUCUGCUGCUGGCUGGUGGCACUGCAGCCCAGGAACUGGUGCAGCGAGAGGCUCGGCAGCAAGUGGGGCCGCUGAACAGGCUUCCUGCAGUUGCUACAGCUCUGCUUCUAAACCCAUCGUACUCAUGCUCAGCACAACACAGACAACAGCACAACAAAAAGGGAACAUUCAGGAAUCAGCAUGGGGACAUACCAGGCUGGGGACUGGACACAAGAUCAUUAGAACAAGGAAAUGGAUCAUAUAUUUAAUUAAAAAAAAAAAAAAAAAAAAAAAAAA